AUGCCUCAGCGCGCCCAAGGCGAAGACUUUACUCAAGAUAUUCAGAAUAUAGAUAGCAGCUCCGCUGCUGACUCGACAGAUUCAGACAGUGACCAGUCCAACGAUGAUUCAGAUUUAUUGCAUGUUCAUACUGCAAUUGCAGCACCUCCUCUCAAUGCAUCAGCCGAAGAUCUUCGCAAGGCAAGUCUUUAUGUUGCACUCGAACUUGCACAAAGGCUACUUCUAGAUAUGCGAGGAAAGUACCGGGAGGCUCUGAAGAAGAACGCUCUCCUUGAGGCUACACUUUCAAAAGGUCAGAAGACAAAGCUCACCAACAAGGACCUCGCACUCGCCGCCAAGGAAGAUACCAUCAAGAACUACGGAUGCAAGUUUUCUGUCACACACUGCCUCUGGGUCGAUACCAUCAUUUUCCCCUUGCGUGCGCCACCUCCUAGGAUUGAUCUCACAAACAAAGAGCGGUGGCUCUCUCCGAUGUCAAUACAGGAUGGCAUCAAAGCCAAAAUCUUUCUUUUUAUUCUGCCAGCAGACCACAACAUGAUGGCCCAUAAGAACUUCGGUUCCCAUCCGCCAUUUUCAAUCUCGACGCAAAGUUCUUCAUAUGAGGGUGCAUACACGAAGUUUGCACCAGUUCUCUUCCCUCGUCCAGAUCGUGUCUCCCGAGACGACUUUUUCAAAACAUCAAAGCUCGUUUAUAUCUUGAAAGCGUCUCUUUUUGGCCGAUCCUCGCUAGCUGCCAAUGCACCUCCAACACCUAAAACCAAAGCUAAGAUAUGGGAGUUACGUGCCAUAACUCCAGGCCUCAUCGCAGCAGCAGCAAUUGUUGCUAUCUUUAUUCUUUCUGGCGACAAAGAGCUAGUCGAGAUAGGUGACAAGUCUCGAAUCUCGUACAAAGAGUACCAUAACUACUACCAUCAAACUCUGAUGACCGGCGGCGCCUGGGCCGACAGCAUUUACACCUUCUUCAACAAUUCCCUCUUUGCUACUUCUUCCUCUGUAGCUGCUCUGGGCUCAGACUUUGUAGGUGUGAGCAGCGGUCCACACAAUACCUGGGAAGAGGAUUUCGAGCAUGUGAUGGAAAUGGGGGGUGAUUUGCCAGAAGUUGAUGCUCCCCAAGCCAUAUCACCACUCACUGACGAAGAAGAUACCCCACCGUCAGCUGUCUGUCGUGUCGCCAACUUGAAUGCACCUAAUAUUCUCGCACCUGAAUCUAUAUCUGCGGCUAUGCAAGGUCUUGCUGUAGCAGAUUCACAGGACCGCGAGCUAUUGCCACCUACGCCUGCACUCAACGAUUCAGGCUCGCGGGCACCUGGAAUGCUUACCAACGAUUCAGAGUCUGGUCCAGGUGCUCUCGUUCAGAAGCCCAAGCCCAAGCCCAAGCCAAGGCACAAGACCAAGGGUGGAGCCAGGGCCGAGGAUUUAAUGUUAGGUGCUGCUGACGAGGAUCUGGCAUUGGUGCGAAGGUCUGGCCGCGCAAAGAAAUAA